AUGCCAUAUCCCCAUCCCACUGUCCCCAGCCUCGCGCUGGCCCUGGCAGGCUGGUGUCCCGGGUCACACGCAGGUGCCCAGACCCUCCAGAUCCUCAUGGAGCCCCCCUGGAGGCCGGCCGUGGUGUGGGACCGGGUGACACUGACCUGCCAGGGCUCGGGGACCGCUGGUGCCACCACCUGGUACAAGGACGGGCAGCGCUGGGGACAGCAGGGACGUGACCGCUUCACUGUCACCGAGAUUGGCACCUACCAGUGUGAGAGAUCCGGCACCGAGCGCAGCUCCCCCGUGAGAGUCUCAACUGACUGGCUGGUGCUGCAGGUGCCAGUACAGGUGCUGCUGGAGGGGGACACGGUGACACUGCGCUGCCGGGGCCAGCAGGACAACCCAGUCACCAGGGCAUUUUUCCGGGAUAAGAAGGAUCUGAGGCAGUUCCUCAGUGGGACCGAGCUGUCCCUGACCCCUCUGCAGCUGAACCAGAGCGGCCGUUACCACUGCGAGGGCUGGGUGAGCUCACAUGGGUCACAGUCAGCAGCAGUGGCAGUGACAGUGCAUGAGCUCUUCUCAGUGCCAAUGCUGGAAGGUCCCCCCGAGCCCACCGAGGGGUCACCCCUGAAUCUCAGCUGCCUCAGCACCCCCAGCCCCCUGCGGCCCCGAGCCCCCCUCCUGCACAUGUUCUACCAGGACGGGCAGGUGGUGGGGGGCCCCCAGGGGUCCCCACACCUGCUGGUGCCCGCCGUUGGGGUCUCCCACUUGGGGAAUUACAGCUGUGAGGUGCGCUCCGAGGGGGGGGCCGUGUGGAAGAGCAGUGCCCAACUCCGCGUCACGGUGUGCAGGAUCCCACCAUUGGGGGUGUCCCUGUCAGUACAGCCCCUCAGGGGACAGGUGGCACUGGGGAACCACCUGGUUCUGAGCUGCACGGUGGCCAUGGGGACAGGUCCCCUAUCCUUCUCCUGGCACCGGGUGGGCUCGGGGGCACCGCUGGGCACUGGCCCCCACAUGGAGCUGCCCCACGUUGGGCACAAUGACAGCGGCCAGUACCGAUGCCAGGUCAGUGAUGGGGACAGCGUGGCCGAGAGUGACCCCCUGAAUGUCACCGUCCUGGUGCCCGUGGCCAAUGCCACCAUCACCCCCGCUUCCCUGGCACACCUGGUGCGUGCAGGUGACACCGUGACCCUGCACUGCACGGUGCAGGUGGGCUCAGCCCCUGUCACCUUCACCUGGCUGCACAACGGGCAGGAGGUGGCCCGGGGUCCCCUCCUGGAGCUUGGGGCUGUCGAUGUGGGACGUUCAGGCACCUACCAGUGUGUGGCCACCAACCAGCUGGGACAGGACGGGCACAACAUGUUCUGGGCACUCAGCCCAGAGCUGGCCCUGGCGGUGACACCGUGGGAACACAGGGGCACAGUGGCCCCAGGGGUCGGUGGGGCCCUUUUGUUCCUGGUCCUGCUCAUGGGUGUCAUUGUGGCCUGGCACCGGUGGCACCGUGUGGGCCCCCCAGAGGAGGGGGAGGUGCUAUACAGUGACGUUGUGAGCACCAAGCAGAUGGGGGGGGAGUAUGAGGGGGUACACAUCAUCCACGAAUGUCACCCCACCCAGAUCCCACAGCACGUGUCUCUUGCAGUGUCCCCCCGUGCCACCACACUCCAGGAUCCCCACAUCACCUAUACAGAGCUGCGGGGACCCCACGGGCGACCUCAGGAACCCGGUGACAUCUACGGGAAUGUGCUGUGA